AUCUACCGUCUUCAUUGCGUUACUGUGCAUUCUCCUACAAGCAUCGCAAGAGAACGUGCGAAGAUGGGUCCUGCGAAGAACAGAGUGUUUGUUGUUGGAGUGGGCAUGACGAAGUUUGAAAAACCAGGUGCAAGAGACAUUGAUUACCCGGAUAUGGCCAAAGAAGCAGGUGAGAAGGCUCUGGCUGAUGCUGGGAUCCCAUAUUCUGCCGUAGAACAAGCCUGUGUGGGCUAUGUAUACGGUGACUCUACGUGUGGACAGAGAGCGAUCUACCACAGCCUGGGUCUGUCUGGCAUCCCCAUUGUCAACGUUAACAACAACUGCUCCACCGGCUCCACGGCGCUCUUCAUGGCCCGCCAGCUGGUCCAGGGAGGUCUGGCUGACUGUGUUCUUGCUCUGGGCUUUGAGAAGAUGGAGAGAGGCUCUCUUUCAUCCAAGUACAUGGACAGGAUAAACCCCAUGGACAAGCAUAUGGAGGUGAUGAUCAACCGCUAUGGCAUGGCAGCCGCUCCUGCCGCCCCGCAGAUGUUUGGAAACGCCGGCAGAGAACACAUGGAAAAAUACGGCACAAAACCAGAGCACUUUGCCAAAAUCGCCUGGAAGAACCACAAGCAUUCCAUCAACAACCCAUAUUCUCAGUUCCGUGAUGAAUACAGUCUGGAUCAAGUCAUGAAAUCUAGAAAGGUCUUUGAGUUCCUCACUCUGCUGCAGUGUUGCCCCACAUCUGAUGGAGCUGGAGCCGCGGUGUUGGCCAGUGAGGCCUUUGUGAGACGUCAUGGGCUAGAGGGGAAGGCGGUGGAGAUUGUGGCUCAGGAGAUGGUCACGGAUCUGGCCACUACAUUUGAGGAAAACAGCUGCAUUAAGAUGGUGGGUUAUGACAUGACCCGGCUGGCGGCCAAAAAGUGUUUCGAGGUGGCCGGCUUGACGCCGGAGGACGUUGAUGUCAUCGAACUACACGACUGCUUCUCCGCCAACGAGCUGAUCACCUAUGAAGCCCUGGGCCUGUGUCCCGCAGGUAAAGCAGGAGAGCUGAUUGACCGAGGAGAUAACACUUAUGGAGGCAAAUGGGUGGUCAACCCCAGUGGAGGACUUAUCUCUAAAGGACACCCUCUGGGUGCCACAGGUCUGGCUCAGUGCGCGGAGCUUUGUUGGCAGCUGCGUGGGGAGGCAGAACAGAGGCAGGUCGCAGGGGCAAAGGUCGCCCUGCAACACAACAUUGGUCUUGGAGGAGCAGUGGUGGUGACACUCUACAAAAUGGGUUUCCCACAGGAAUCUGGACGGUCUCAGAUUUCAGCAGUGCUUACCAGCGCAGCAACCAGUGAGCUGGAAGGUUUCAAAUCCUAUGCUGUCUUCAAGGAGAUUGAGAAUCAGCUAAAGGAGGGUGGGGAGCAGUUUGUGAAGAAGAUUGGUGGCGUUUUUGCCUUUAAGGUUAAGGAUGGUCCUGGGGGGAAGGAGGCGGUGUGGAACGUGGAUGUGAAAAAUGGGAAAGGCUCUGUUGACAACGACCCAGGUAAAAAAGCAGACUGCACCAUCUCCAUGUCAGAUGCUGACCUGUUGGCCUUAAUGACGGGCACGAUGAACCCACAGACCGCUUUUUUCCAGGGAAAGCUUAAGAUCACUGGCAAUAUGGGAAUGGCAAUGAAGCUCCAGAACCUUCAGCUGACUCCAGGCAAAGCCAAACUGUGAGACUGUGAGCCAGUGCUGGCCCUGCUAGUAAAAGUCUGACGAAGGUUGACAGAGCUAGGCUGGGAAUGGCCAAACUCAGAGAUUCAGAAAAAUUCUGAUUGUCAUAGAACGUAGUUUUACCUCCUCAACAUUUAAGCUCUUUUCAAGAACUUUUUUUAAUGUGGGCAAGGGGGAUUAUAUCUUAAUACACAACCAAUGAAAUUUGAAAUAGUUGAGAAUAAAUUAUUAUUCUCCCAUCGAUGAUCUUUAUCGAGUUGAAAGCGCACAAAAUUCCGAGGCAUUUAUAACAAUGUCAUUCUUUAAAAACAUAUUUGUUUAAAAAAACAGAAACAUAAGUGCCCUGUGGAUCAUUUCUACAAGUUAAGGUUCAUAAGGCUGAAGCCUUCUCAUGUCCAGUCACAUCUGGGAUCAAAUGUCUGGGCUUCAUGUGAAGGCACAGCUGAUUCAUCCCCUCUGUCUUUACUAUCACACUGUGUGCCUAUGACGUCUAAACGAGAGACUAAUCUGUCAUCUGUAUCUCACAACUGUUAAGCACUGUAAAGAAACAAACAAAUAUGUAUGUGUAUUAAAAUGUCUGGAAACUGCUUUUUUAUGUAAACUCAGAGUUCAGAAUGUAAUACCUCAGUGAAAUACCAUCAUACAUCUGAUACUGAGAAUAUUUUUCCCUCCCCCCUUCGGCCCUGUACAUUCUUGCAAAACGGUUAUGCCUGACUUCCGGUCCAUUUUAUGCAGCAGCUGAUUUCAAGGGUUAAUUAAUAGUUGUUAUACAACAUAUGGGGCGAUUGUGUCUGUCGGGAAUUGUGUGCCCUUGCCAACUGUGACACAGAAAUGUUUGCACAAAUUAUGAGAAAAGAUGAUUUCUAAUAAACUUACCUAAUAUUGACGAAAA